AUGGCAUUUCAAAGACCCCGACCCCCCAAGAGACAAAGUCUCCUUUCUUCGAAAGAUCGAACAAUCCAUAGAAUAGCCACCGAUAGAGAACUCGAGCUAGAACAAAUUAACCAGAUUUUGAGAGAUGAAUUAUCUGUUGAAAUUUCUCAUAAUAAAGCUAACGAAAAAUGGAUAUCUCGGUUGGAACGUGAUCUUAUUAAUUGCGAGAAAGAGAUCAAUCGCAAAGAUGUUGCUAUUGUGGCAUCUAACGAAGAAAUUAAGGAGUUUCAGACUGAGAUCUCGUCUUUAAGAAAAGAGUUUUUGAAGCAUAGAAUUAGGGUAAUUACAUCUCGUGAGAAUUCGCCAAUUCGCGGACAAUCUCCAGACCAAGAUAUAACAUCAGAUAAUAUGGCUCGCACUAGACAAGCUAGAACUAUUGAAGAUUAUUUGGCUGAUGUUCAAGAUGGUAUACAACGAAUUUUAGCACAAUUCACACCAACAAACCGCCUCCGCAUACCUACUGAAAGAUUGGUCAAUGGGAUUGAUGGAUCAUUAAAUAAUAUUAGACGCCUCACUGGAGACUUGCGUCAAAACCAUGCUCAACUCAAUACACGCCAUAAUACAUUACGACAAAAUUUUGAUAAUAUCAGAAAUGAGCGAGAUGCUUUACGAGCUCAAACAAAUCUCGAUCAACAGAAUCUCAAUAUAUUUGGCCAACAAAAUAUUAUAUUGCGAAGGCAGUUAGAGGAGAUAGAAAAAUCUCGCAAUUUUUGGAAAUUGAAUGCUAUCUAUAUCAAAGCUCAAAAAGAUAGGCACAUUAGCGAGUUGUUACAUAAACAAUUUGCAUUACAACUUUUGAAUAAGCGAUCAAACCAGCAAUUGCAAAGGCAGUUACAACAAUGCCAGGCUGAUAAUGGAUUAUUAGAAUAUAAUCGAGAUCGGCUCUUUGAUAGAUAUUACAAUAAAUUCAAAGAUCGAAAGGCAAGUCAUAUCAAGUGGAAAAAUAGGGAGCAAUAUGAUGAGGAUAUUGAUAUUUUUAUUAGUCGAUUAUCGUCAUAUCUAGCUGGCACUGGUAUAAAUCCAGUUGGAGCUCGAGAUCAAGCAUUUGGUAUUCUUCGGGGAUGUUUAUCUGGGCGAGCAUUAGAAUGGUUUGAUCGAAAAAUUCUUGGUAAGCGUUGGGAACUUCAUAAUAUUUUUGCAAAUCAUGGUCAGGCUGGUAUGGGUAAUCUCCGGGCUCGCACUAUGGCACAAAUGAAUACUAGCAAUAGUUUUAGAAACCCUUCAAUCGCUCACGACUAUGCGAAUAUUGCUGGUAAUAAUGCAGUAACAGUAGGAGUUUCAAUGAUUCCAGCUGAAGCUUUUACUGAAGAUUGGCGCUUAGCUGGGGGGCAACCAUCAGAUAGACCUGUUAAUGCAAUAAAUGCUGGUAAUAACAAUCCAAUAGUAUUUGGAGAUAUUCGAAUUGGUCAAGCAUUAUAUUGGCUUAGAACUCAAUAUCCCACAGUAAUUAGUGAGAAACGCAAUUUAGUUUAUGGAUCAUUAGUUCAGGGGAGUGAACCUAUAGGAGAAUUUUACUCAAAACUCUUAAAAUAUGGGAAAAUGCUUAAUCUUGACGAGCAACAAAUUAAGGGUCAAUUUCUACGAGGUCUAUCUCCAGACUUGGAGGACGAUGCAGAGCGCAUAGGUACUGAACAGCCAUUAGCUGAUCUUUUUGAAAUUUUGGAACGGAUUGAAAUGCGGAGAGCAGAGAAAAAAUUAGGAUUGGUUACUAAAAUACCCCAGUCUGGUUAUAAAUCGUCAACUAAAUCUCAUGGUAAAGAUAAUUACUCAAGCAACACGGGUAUGACCAAAGAUGAAAUAGAAAACUUCGUAAAAUCUAUCAUGGCAUCCACACAAUCUCAACCUGUCUCACAAACUAUCUCUUCUAAACCUCAGGAGAACCAGAUCACGCUUUCACAAGAUGAAUUCAAAAAAAUUAUAGUGAGUUUAAAGGGAUCUAUUGCUAAAGGACAGCAGACCUUGAAGAAACUCCCUGGACCAGGAAAACGAAAAGCUGAUGAUCUUGCUAUAGACCGUUUUUUAGAAAGUUUACCGGAUAAGACAGGUUUACCAGGAGAAGAUUAUGACUAUGAUCCGGUUGAAGAUUUGAGAUUACAGUUUGAGCAGUUGGAUAUCAAUCAAGCAAAAUUAGCUCGAGUAAUACAUGCAGUUUUAAAAUCUUCUCGAUACAAAUGUUCAGAGUGUGGUAAAUCAGGUCAUAAUUCCCGCAAUUGCCCUAAAAAUAAAAAGAAGAGCAAGUCUAGACGUUCUAACAAAAGCAGAUCCAAGAAAAAAGACAUGCUCGAAAAGGUCUUACUCCCACAUCAGUUAGAGAAACUUAAAUCUGAAGAUAAAUACUUAACUACUCCAGAUUUUGUAAAUUAUCGAGAACCAAUAUCAGAGAUACUAGAAUCAGAUGGUGAAGAGGAGAUGCUGGACGAUCCUAUGGAGAUAGACUUUGUUCGAAGAAAGGAACCUACCACAAGCCUUGCAACUAUACCGGUUAAAAUCAAACGCUUAAAAAUUCCAGCAUUGGUAUUAGAUAGUGGAGCUGAACCUCCCAUUACGUCAGAAGACAUUGUUAAACGAGUAAAUUGGCCAAUUGAUAAAUCAGAAAAAUAUGAUCUUAGUGGGGUUGCUACAGUUCCAACAGAAUCUAUUGGUAUUGCUCGUAAUUUUCCAAUAACAUUCCCUCCAGGUUUUACUAUACGUGAAGAUUUUGUAGUUGUACGUGUCCCUAAACCAACAUUGAUAUUUCCAAAUCCACUUCUCAAGAAAUAUAAAUGUGCUAUAGAUUGGGGUAAAGAUGAGUUGAAAAUUCCUUUUAAUGGAAAGGAUCACAUUAUUCCUGUUACUAUGCACAAAGUCAAGAAUAAACUUGAAGUAAAUUGUGCUACCGUAUCUCAGAAUAAUAAGCCUUUGAUAUCCGAUCAAAUUUCUCAAGAGGUCGAUAGUGAUAAGAAUAACAACGUACCAUUAGAAGAAUGGCAUGCUCCUGUGGGUUUCAGCCCAGAUUCUGAUGAUCCGUCGUUAAAAAAAAACGCAUGA